AUGAUAUCCUCUAAUGGAUUAUCAGGUGGCAUAAUUGUGUUAUGGGAUACUAAUGUAGCUGUUUUUAAUAUGAUUGAUUCUUCCAAUCAAUGUAUUAUUGGAGACCUAUUGUUCAACAACAACAAUAAAUGGAGAGUGGCUGCAGUUUAUGCAAACAAAGAAUGUAGUAAAAGAAGAGAACUUUGGGAUAAGCUGGCUAUUCAUUCAUCUGUUGAAGACCCGAUGGUAGUUGCUGGAGACUUCAACUGUCUCACUUCAAGAGAAGACAAAAAAGGAGGAAGAAGGUUCAAAUUUACUCAAGGACCUAAGGAAAUGGAAGCAUUCUUCACCAUCAAUGAUUUUCAUGAGUUCUUCGAUGAAGAUCUUGUGAGGAUGAUUGGACGAGUGCAGAUAUUCAAUUCGUUGAUGGAAGACUAUAUGGAAUUGAAGCUUCAAUUGACUGGUAAGUCUAUCUCUGUAUUAUUAAUGGAAGAUGGGCUUGAGAAUGUAAAGAUAGGGGAGCUGGCAACUUGGGUUCAUAAGCUAAAGAUAAAUGCACGGGUGAAAUUGUUUUUAUGGCGUAUUUAUAAAGAUGAAAUCCCAACUGAAGAUUUUCUGUAUAGGAGAAGGAUUUCAGGAAACUACUUUUGUCCUAUGGGAUAUGGUGUGAUUGAAGAUCUCAAUCAUAUCACUUCUAAUUGUUCAAUUCUUUUGAAAGGACUUAAGAGGUUAGCAGAUGAGGAUGUGCUGAUGGAAAGGAUCCAUUCUUCAUUAAUAUGGUUUGUUUGGACUAAUAGAAGCAAGGUUAAACAUGGAAAAAUUGGAAGCAAUAUUGUGAAGAUUGUGGUUUCAGUUAUAAGCUUCUGUAGUUCGGCUAAAUAUGGUGUGUACCACUCAAAUCACUGGGAUGCUUAUCAGUCCAUGGGACUAUUCUCAAAUUAUUGGCAUCCCCCUCCACCUGAGUGGUUAAAGAUAAAUAUUGAUGCAUCUCUUAAAGAGAAUUAUGAGGCAGGUAUUGGACAGGUCGUCAGAGAUGAUAAAGGAAGGUUUGUUAUUGCUUUUGGACAUGGAAGAUUGCAUUGGGACAUAGCACAAAUGGAACUUUCAACUUUCAAGUCAUUGAAGGAGGCUUUGCAAGGUUGGACACAAGGGGCUAAAGGUAUUAUUGUGGAAGGUGAUAAUAAAAAUGUUCUCCAGCUUAUUCAAUAA